UACGAAAUCUCAGAAGCACGUACCUCUCUGUCCGCUAUUCCCUCACAGGACGUCCCGAAAGACACUGGGAAGCAGGACGGCUAUGUCCUCCUGCUGGUCCUCCUGUCCAUCUUCAUCGGGGGGACGCUGGUCCUGCUCUCCGGCCUGCUGGUCAUCUGUCGGCGGUGCUGUGAGGGAGACCGCCGCUACUCCAGGGCCAGCGAUGAUCCUGAGAAGACCAACACCACCUACCUGGAAGACCUGCAGCCCACCCAGGAGAUCACCAUCAAGGUGGACGAGUCGGACUGUCUGUCCUCCUCCAGCUGCCAUGACAACGAGACCGAGCGCUUCCUGUCCACUGCCGCCACGGGCCGGCGCGUCUCCUUCAACGAGGCCUCGCUCUUCGACCAGGGCAGGAAGACUCAGGAGAAGGGCCGCAGGUACACCCUCACAGAGGGGGACUUCCACCACCUGAAGAACGCCCGGCUCACCCACCUGCACCUGCCCCCGCCCACCCUCAAGAUCGUCACCAUCCACGAGUGCGAGUCCUCCGAGAACACCAUCGCCACGGCGACGCGCCCUGCCUCCAGGUCCAGCCUCUCCAUCUUCCAGCCCUCGGUGUGCCCGCUGCCCCAGACUGCCCUGACCAGCCUGGCGGUCAGCCCCAGCUCGGCCCUCCCUGGAGACGCCCUCAACUCCGUCGUGGACACCAGCUUCACCGAGAAGCCCCCCUCUCCACCAGGCAGCCCGGCGGCCCGCGGGGACGAGGAGAGGGAGCACAGCGGGCGGAAGAGGCCUCUUCCCUCUGGCUCCCCGGCGUUACGCGACAUCAAUGCUCCGGCUAUCCAGAGCCUGGGCUAUCUUGCUGGCUGGAUGACCAAGGGCUGUAGCUCCUUUUCUGACACCGUGUGCCUGCAGCGGUUAAAUGCCCACCUGGGUGAAAGUGCGGUCUGCUUCACGCGGCGCCCAACCAUUUCCGCAGGGUCUCCCAAGAGACGCCAGUUCCAGCGGCAGAGGGCAGCCAGCGAGAGCAUGGACCAGGAGGAGCACGAGGCCCACCACAUCGACAUCAUCCAGUACAUCGCCCGCACGCACAACGUGGCGUACCGCCCCCCCAGCGCUGGCGCCGGCCUGCUGCCGCCCUCAUCCUCGCCACCACCCUCCCUCGGCAGGUUAGAGACGGUGGAGGUGGUGCUGGAGGCGGGAACCGGCGUGAUGGCCCCUCCCCUGGCCCCGCCCCAGGGGGAGGAGGGGGCGGGCUGUGGGCGGGAGGGCUCCGAGCACCAGACCAUCUACCGGGACAUCUGGACCCUGCGCGCCUCGCUGGAGCAGUACGCCUCCUCCGACCAGAGCAGCAACAACGACAGGGAUUCCGUCCGGAGCGACGCGGAUAGCGUGUGCUCGCUGGGGGGCGGCGGGGACAGGGGGGGGCUGCCCAGCUACCCUUCGCAGGACAUCGAGGACGAGCUGGAGGCGGAGCUGGAGCCGGGGGCGGAGAGGGAGGGAGGGGCCAAGCAGGGCAGCGUGGACUCGGAGAGGGGCAGCGACGGGGAGGCGGGGAACCGGAAGCUGCUGCAGAUGGACAGCGGCUACGCCUCCAUCGAGGCCCCCCCCCGCGCCCCCGAGGAGCUGCGGCUGUUCGGCAGCGCCGGCGCCGGCGGGAAGGACAAAACGGCCUCGGAGAAGAGGCGCUUCUUCACCAGCGCGGGGCGCAAGGGCACGGUGUGCGAGAGCUUCGAGGAGCGGCUCUUCGACGAGGAGCUGGAGGAGGAGUCGGCGGGCAGCGGCGCCGAGCAGGAGAGCCCGCUGGGGUGGUCCCCCUACGGGCGGAUGUUCGGCGCCCAGUCGCCCCCGCCGCCGCCGCCGCUGCCGCCCCCCCUGCCCCGCCGGGACUACAGCAUCGACGAGAAGACGGACGCGCUCUUCCACGAGUUCCUGCGCCACGACCCGCAGUUCGACCAGCCCGACUCGCCCCUGCGGGCCAAGCACCGGUCCCGCGCCCACCUGCGCAAGGCCUGGCAGCGCGCCAAGCAGUACAGCGACCCCGGCGUGCGCUUCCCCCCAGCCUUCGAGAGGCACCGCACCCCGCUGCGCCGCGGCGACAGCGUCAACUGCCCGCUGGACGCCCGCUACCACGGCACCCUGCCCCGCAUCGUGGGCUACGGCCCGCAGACCCUCGUGGCCGAGCUGACGGACAAGCUGGCGGCCGGCCUGGAGGAGCGCCUGUACGCCGGCCUCCGCGGCGCCCGGGAGAGCUCGGAGUGCGCGGUGGCCGUCGCGCACGCCUCUCCCGACCACAGCCCAGUGUAGCAUGACUCCAGCCCCCUCUCGUCCGCUGUACUGCCUUCCAGACCUACCGCCCGGCUCCCAGAAGCCCCUCGGCUCAGCCCCGGGCCAGGCCCCGCCCAGGGAAAGAGGUACGACACGCAGAGCGCCUUCAGCCUCGCCGUUUAGACUCCGACGGCUGUAGAGAAGCUACCUAACUUGGAUGAACUGCUCUUUAGUUUAGGGGUUGCAAAAUCGGCUUACUCCAUAGGUGGAUAAUAGACCAGCUGCUCUUGUGCUGAGAAAGUACUAAAGAUAGUUGGCAAACCUCCUCCUGCAGUUGAGGUUGGGGCAAGGGGAGCAGCUCGGGCUGUGUUCAGGAACGGGGCUUUGUUACCAGCGAUGAGCUUACAGCAGGAGUUGUGCAAUGAUCACCAUUCCGUCACUCUGUUCGAGAAAUAUUCCAUUGAAGGUUUAGGAACAGCUUUUGCCACCCCUAAUCUAAAGUGGUACCACUAAUUCCUUGUCCGGUUUUCUUGCCUGCGUUUCUGUUAAGUCACGGUUUCCUUCCACAACCAAUGUCCUCCACUGACUUGUACCUGCACUUAACACGGUCAUUUGCCUUGACGAACGAUGCCAACUCCUCCCAAAUUCUUAUUUCUGCAUUCCGUUUUUUCCAGUAAGGUAAUCAAGGCUUUCUAACCUAUGUGCCUUCUGCACUAACAACCCCACUGUGAAACAGGGUGCUAUCAGUCCUGUCCACACUACUUUACUGGGUAAGACGAGGUGCAAAACUCCUGUCCUGGAGUCCACAGGGUCUUUGUAAUGCCAGGUUAACGUACUCCCAAUUUCCGCCAGUUGUGAAGAAAAGAAAUCCUUCUUUUUAAUGUCCUACUGCACACAAGUGCUUUAGGUGAAACUGGGUGUGUAUGUGAAAUGUGUGCAGUUAGAUACAGGCUGAGUCUCACGCAGUAGGCACCCCUAGGGGGCGAGGGGGGCAGGUCGUACUUAGUAGUCUGUGCAGGCUGCCAGCAGGCCCUCUUGGGAAGACGGAUCUGAGUUGCACAGAAGUCAGAGUGAGGAGAUCAGGUCCGGGGGCCAUGUUUGAUGCAAAGCGCACUGGUACAAGGAGCCAGAGGACAUCCACUGCAUCCCAGGGCCAGGAGUUUGGCACCGCCUCUGGGCUCUUCUCUUCCGUGUUUCGGUGAACACGCCGAGUCAAGUGACUCUUGCAAACUGCUUGUGUUUGGGUUUUAAUUUCCUUUCCUUUAACAACAACAACAACAACAACAAAAAGUCUUCAAUCCCUGGUGGUUUUCUGGGUGGGCCAAUUUAAACAGGGAACUGCAAAGGAAAACGAAAGCCGAAUUAAAUUUCUUCUUUAUGGGUCGUCUUAUCCUGCUUUGAGGAAAUUCUGCCUGGAUGUGUGGCAGCAGAGUCUCAUGUGUCCUGUUGUGGCCACAUGGCAGGGUUGAAUAGUUCCUUAUGAAGGUGUCGCCUUAUCAAUUUUUCUAUGGGUCUCAGUUUGAAUGGAAAUCUGCCAAGAUCCCGGGAUCAAAAUCAAUUGAUCAAUAGGUUACAGGAAAUGUUUUUGUGCUCCUAUUCAGCAUGGUUCCUUUCUGUUGCUCGUUGAGUUCUAACACUGGUUCUUUUUUGUGCCAAAAAUAUCUCCCCUACAUUUUCUUAAAGACAUUAAUUAAUAGACAGUGUUAUCUUGGCUCGUCAGUUUUUCUCUGCAUUUCGAUAUGCGUUGUCUUCUGCUGUAUGUGCCAACAAUAAGCAUAUUCUGGAAGGAAAGAUUAUUAUUACAAGGGAUAUGUUCAAAUGUUUUAAAAACUGAAAGCUUUGCACUCAUAAAUGCAUUUUUAAAUAUCAGAUCCUCAUCUGUUCCAAAGAGUUGUCUGUAUAGUAGGUUACUCCACCCUCCUCAGAAACUCCCAAGUGUAUAGUUCUGGCUGGAGAACUCAAAGAAGCUCAUGACUUAAUUAAGUGCCCUUGCUCUUUAAUUGUUUGGUGAGGAGGUGGGUGGAAAUAGAUCUGUCUUCAUGGGAACCCAGACAGGCAGAAAAACAAGACCAUCUUUGAAUCCCACUGAAGCAGUACCUGAAUUGAAAAAUGUCUUUCCCUGAAGCUGCAUUCCAAUGGGAAUUUUGGUCAGUUUCAAGAGCUUGUAUGGCACAUUAAAGCAACUAGGAUUUACCCACAACGAGAAAACAAUCCGUAACAUUUCAGUGCUGGUAAAAUAUCGGUGAGGGUCAUUAUACUCAUAAUAAAAUGCAGAAACCCCCUCAUCUCUUGCUAGAUGAGCUGACUCUAUGGCACAGUUACUAGGGCUUCCACAAAGGCCGAGAUCAGGUUGGUGCUGCCAAACAUUUUGAAAAUCUUUUUUUUUUCAAAAAAAGGGCAAACAUUUCUCAUCGCAGGGUCAUCUGCAGCCACAGAGCGAGACCUCGUUUACAACACUGUGUACAAUUUCAAUCACCACAUGACAUUACACAAAACACUGAUGCUCUCGGUACAUACCCAGGCUAAGGGGUAUCUCUGGCGCUAAAAGGCUAAAGAAGUUGAGUCCUUCUAGACUAUGGGGAACUUGGUCUAAGUAUUUAAAAUCCUUAAAGGCAAAGGCAACUUAAUGGACAACAGUGAAACAAACCAGUGGACACAAGUUCAUGCAUAGGAAGUGCAUUUAAAACUUAAUGGGAGACUUUACACAAAGGGUUGGGGGAGUCUGGAACGAGUUACCUAGUCAUGCUGUCAAAAGCUGCUACCUUGACUUUUUUCCAAGACGGGCUUGCAGGAGGUCCUCAGAUCAAUUAGCAAUUAGCAGCCAAAACGAGCUAAAUGUGUCAAAAGGCCUUCUCUGGUUUGGAAAGUUUCUGAUGUCCUAAUGUGGAGACUCCUAAGCUCCCAGGAAACGUAUGAGAGAGAAACUCUCGAGCUUUCCACUGCUCACCACUGGCUCAGACACAGAUCUUAAUUCGGGCUAAACUGCACAGCUUCGUUUCUUUGUUCCAGUGCUGCUUGUUCUUGAACAAGGCUAGCUGUGCUCCCUAAGAAACUUUAGAUUAAUGCUGAAUAAAAUGAAGAGCCUCCUUCAGAUGCAUUACGGCACUUUAAAACAAAUCUCAGCUCUUGAAGAGCUGUAGGAUCACUGCUGCACUUCAGUCAAAAAAAGAAUGUGUUAUAUUCUGAAUUAGUCCCAACUGUGAUGCCUUAUACAAGCUCUGCAGCACCAUCUCUAAAGCAAUUCAAUUUCGUGAUCUGUGUCGCUGUCAACAGUCUCUAAUACUAUCACAAAUGGCUUUAGGGAUCCUUCAGGAGACAUGCUGAAUAGGGACUGGGAAAAUUAUUUCUAACUGCAAACUUCAGCACAGUUCUUAUUCAUCACUGUGUUCCUUGCGGGCAAUGUAGGGAAGAGGAGCAGACCGAUGUUCCUAAAGUUAAUAACAGACCUAGCACUUGGAGAGAAGUCUGUUCGCAGUCUUCGAACAAUUUUGUGCUGAAAAAAACAUUUUUAAAAAAAAAAACAGAUCUAAAACUCCCUCGUUUUGCUAAGCAGAAGGAGACAAUUUCUGAAUGUAAGAAUAGUAUGGGAAUUCAAAUUCUCAGUAUAGCGUUUUUUUUUUUAAAAAAAAGCUCAUUUUCACUGUAUUUGGUUUCACUUUGAAUCGCUUCACACUGGAGAACGACUGUUCUGUCCUUGACAUCAUUCAAAUUUCGAACACAUCUCAAUGUAACAAUACCACCUAACUCAGCUUUGAAAUGGCCCGUUAUCAGCCUGGCCUAGAUCUGACCUAGCCCCUAAGUAAGUUUUUUUCCCAUGCACAUGACCUGAAACAAAACCCACACGCUACGCUGAUUAAAUUUAGCGUCCUUGGGGCCUGUUUCUGAGAUCGCGGUACUGCCGGCUCUGGUUUGUGCCUUUCAGUAUGGCAGGAACAGCACCAAGGCCAAAGUCGUGCCAUUGGGAGAACAGAGAGGCGUCCCGUCGUGGAAACUUGUAAAGACAGCACUUGCACUCUUACCGAACGGUUUCAUCCAACAGCUGCAGAGAGAUCUUCCUUCUAGAAUCCAGUCUGUGCUUCCAGUUGUGACUUUGGUUCCAGACAGCUUCAUGCUACCAUCACGCAGUCUCAAGAGGAAAGCCUGCUACACAGCUACAGCUGUGCGCACCAGGAGGACAGCACAGCUCCAAAGUACUGCAGUGCUCACGAACAGCACCAAUACUGCCGGCCAUUAUUCUGAAUGUUUUUUUAUGACAAUAGGGGUGGGGGGUGGGAGACAUGGGGUGGGGAAACGGUUUCUUUUUCUUUACUGCUCAAAUAGCAUUCAGGGGGCAAAAUGGCAGCUUUUCAGAUCCCUGCGAAACUGUGAGAACAUGGAGAAGAGCUUCUUCUAUCUUCCUUUUCCAGAACAUUUGACAGCGUGCUUCCCCUUUCCCCCUCGCACAUCCAAAGCCAAAAAAAAAACCAUUUUUCUUUUAGAAUUUAUAUCCCUCCCAGCGAAGAGGAGGAUGGGUUCAUGAAGGGAACAAAUGAACCCAUCUAAUGCCUGUUACUGCAUUCGUCCAAACCCACUCGCUCUGUGUCCCGAUUCAUGCUGUUUCCGCAUCACUCAUGACAUACAGUAUCUCCUCUGAGCUUCUGGUCGGACGUCUCCCCCAGCACCUGGUAACACAGACAGUUCAGAGGACUCCUGUUAUAUCACUCUCGAACCAUGAGCCUGAGUCCUCUUGGACAUCCAGCUCUCCACAGCGACAGGCGAUUCAAGUCUCAGUGGAGCCCAGCUGAGGAGCCAUUCUCUAGGUGUGGCUGACACUCUUAACAGAAGCCCAGUAACCACUUAUCAAUAAACGACGUGUAAAGAUUGAUUUUACUCUGUCCUGUGAUAUAUAGCAGUGGCCUGCUGCAGAAGGUAAAUUAGUUUAUUCUCAUUAGGUAGAGACUUAAUUAGGGACCGGCUGCCCGUAAUUAAGUAGUAAAAUCAGUUUUGUCAGAACUAGCUAGUUUUUUUUCUAAGAUUUACAGAACCGUAAUAUUGUUCAAGUGAUAUUUUGUAUGGAAUAUAUAUGCUAUUAUUUUGGUUAUAUACAUAGAGAUAUCCUUGCUAUAUAUACAUAUACGAUGGUUAGCAUUGCAUACUGAAAUAAACUUUCUCCGAGACAUGAAUAGAUUUAUGUGAAUUACUGUGUAUAAGAAAUAUAGACAAAAGAUUUUGGGCAUUUUUACUUUUCCAUGAUCACUGAGAAAAUUCCAGACAACGUAGGGCAUUAAUGAUGCAGUUCUUUCCAUGUAAAAAAAGAAAAUCCGUACUGGUAUCCUUAGAUUUUAAAUUCUGUUUGGUUAUUUUUGUUGGUGAUGCCGGCUGAUGAGAUUUUGUGCACAUUUUACUGCCGUUUAUUUUCCGUUUCAAACCUGUUUCUGUGCUCCUGCUUGUAAAAUUGACUUGACUGCUCGUUUCUAAAAGGAAUUCCUUGGGGGGGGGAAACAACUGAAUUCUCCAUUCUUUGGGAAAAACAAAACAAAACAAAACAAAAGUCACUUCUGAACCGCAACCCACAGAACUUUAAGGGACCAAAAAGUGAAAUGUACUUUUAUUUUCAAUCGGCAAAUAAAAGAAUGAAGCAUUAA